AUGGCACAGCAAGGCUUCGAGGAGGACCUCUUACGGAGAUGGUUCCCUCACAACGCUAAAGAGACGUUGACGCCCUUCACCGAGAACGACAUUCGCGACAUCGCAGACGUGUUGACUCGCUGUGCACGAGAGCGCUGGAGCCGGUGUCCCAGGCUUUAUAGCAUUCUCAGGAAGAUUGGCCAACUAGACACGAUUGACGCAUUCAUUGACAGCGACAUUACAGAUGUCUACUUCCCAUUCACCAAGAGCACGCUACCGGAGGCGCUGAGCGAUCACUCUGCACGACUCAAGUUCCUCGAGCUGCAACACCUCGUAUACAACCGGGAGGCGCUGAAUCUUGAGCGACAUGCGCCUCACGGACACUUCAGCGAUUCUACAGAGGUACCUUUCAAGAAGGUCGGAGAGUUGGGCAAGGGUGGAUUCGGAUACGUCGAUCGCGUGGUCAGCACAAUAAGUCAUAAGGAGUACGCACGCAAGCUCAUCUUGAGAGGAAAGACCUUUAAGAAGGAUAAACAAGUCUUGAAAGACUUCACGAAAGAGCUGUGGAAUCUCAAAAAGUUAUCUCACAAGCACCUCGUUGAGUUGGUCGGCAGUUAUACGGACAAGAGAUUCGUAGCCAUCGUCAUGCUCCCGGUAGCCGAUGCGAAUCUGCAGACGUUUCUGGAGAAAACGGACUUUGACGAGAACUCUCGAUCCUUCCUAAGGCCUUUUUUUGGCUGUCUAACCUCCGCGCUAUGCUAUCUGCACGACAACCGUAUCCGACACAAGGACAUCAAACCGUCAAAUGUGCUCAUUAAAGGCGACCAGGUCUACUUCACUGACUUCGGAACAGCUCUCGAUUGGUCCAGCAGUGGCAGUAGCAUCACAGCGACAGCAGCGCCUACAACUCCCCGUUAUUGCGCUCCCGAAGUUAUGGCCUACACUGAACGCAACUCAUCGUCUGAUAUCUGGUCCUUCGGCUGCGUAUUCCUCGAAAUGUGGACAGUCCUUCGAUCCCGCACGCUUGAGGAGUUGAAAACAUACAUGACCGCUCAUGGCUCAUGCGCGAAUAGCUAUCACUCAAACCUUGAAGCCAUCACGGGUUGGAUCAAUGUCCUUCGGUCGUCAGCAGGGCCAUCAAGCGACCUGAUUCCGUCGACCUGGAUUGAGAAGAUGUUACGAAAGAAGCCAACGGAACGUUGGAACGUCCAUGUGCUUGAGGACCACAUCGAAGAAGCCUGCAUGGACCCGAAUGUGCAGCACAUGUUUCAAGGCAUAUGUUGCCUUCAAUCGGCCGAGGAUACCUCAGAAAUUGAAUGGACGUCUGCCGAAGAUGAAGAAGACACACUCCUAGUUCACUCGCAAACUCAUGGCGCACCUGACUCCAGGAAAAUUGAAGAGGCACACGAGGGGCCAGAUCUGGCUCAAAGCAUUUCGGAGAUUAUAAUAGAAGAUGCUGAAGCACAAGUCUCUUUGAGCCCGAUCCUUCAACGCGCUUAUCCUCCUAUACCGUAUUGCGAGACUGAGAGCGAGUCGUCGGCGGAAGAAACAGAUGCACGCCUUCUUCAGAAGCCAGAUCAACAAGCCGAGGGCAUUGUAGAUGGUCUAUCUGAUCAUGGCAGCGUAGAAAGCAAAUGGUCCACGCGCGCCCAUCGGGGACCCGUCGUAGACGACGACCGUUCAGAUGAUGCAAACAAUGCUAAGACAAGACAAAAGCAUGCGUGCACUGUCCGUAUAGCUGCGGCGCUGUACUGA